AUGAAGUCGGACACUAGUACCAACAUCAAAUUGAAGGGAAGCAACUCUCAAGCCUUGGACGAAUCUACGCAGGCUUUCAGUGAAAUGGGUCCCGUGGAAAGCGUCGGGCUAGGAUACUUGUCGAGCGAUGCUAAUGACAUUGACGAUGCUAUCCUACGUGCCCAGGGCCAUAAGGCUGCCAUGCCUCGUCUUUUCUCAGCUAUGUCCUCACUGGGAUUGAUGUUCUGCGUGAUGAAUUCAUGGGUGGGAGCAAUGAGUACGUUUGGACAAAAUCUGCGAUACGGAGGGCCACAAUGUGCCAUCUUUGCGCUUGUGACAGCCACGUUUGUCCAAUGGAUAGUUACACUGGGUUUAGCAGAGCUCGCCUCUGCAUUCCCUAGUUCUGGAGGCCAGUAUCAUUUUACGUAUAUCCUUGCGCCUGAGAAGUUCAAGCGGCUUAGCGCCUUCGUUGUGGGAUGGAUGUCCGUUCUUGCCUGGUGGAUCGCGACGACCUCUGGGCUUUCCCUGGUGGCAAUCUCGGCCACUGGACUGGCGGCCUUUGUGAACCCAAGCUACACACCUAAAGACUGGCACGUCUACCUGUGCUAUCUUGCGAUGGCUAUGAUCUCUGUCCUCCCCCUUUUCCUGUUUCCGAAGUCGGUCCCGAAAAUCGCAUCUGGCUCUAUGUAUCUGAGUCUGAGUGGUUUCCUGGCCUGGUUUAUCAUCAUUCUAGCCAUGAGACAGCACACAAACGAUGGUUCAUAUGUUGUGAAAUCAGACAUGGGUACUAGCGGCUGGGGUCAAGGAACAGCAUGGGCUCUAGGGAUCACAAAUGCGAUGUAUUGCUUUGGAGGAUCAGAUUCGGCUAUCCAUAUCGCGGAAGAGAUGCAGGCUCCAGGACGUAGGUUGCCUGUGGUCAUGAACCUUACUAUGCUCAUUGGCUUCUUGACUAGCGUGCCUAUCGUGGUCGCUAGCAUGUUCACGAUGACUAACAUGACGGAAGUUAUGAAUUCUGGCUUCCCUGCUGUUGAGCUUAUGUACCAGGUGACUGGGAAUCGUCCCUUGACGAUAUUCUUAGCCGCCUGGCUGAUUGUUGUAUAUGCCACUGGCAUGCCCCCCCAGUUUGUUGCCUGUGGCCGUAUUGCCUGGGCUUUCGCACGAGACCGAGGAACCCCGUUCCCAGACUACUUUGCACAUAUUGACUCGAGGUUGCAAUUCCCAGCACGAGCUACCUUAGCAGCACUAGGGUUUAACGCCUUAUAUGGACUGCUAUAUCUUGCUAGUACAACUGCAUUCAAUUCUAUCAUCACGUCUGCAGUUCUUUUUCUCAACAUCACGCUUGCAGCCCCACAGGCCAUCCUCGUCCUACGUGGUCGUAACAAGUUCCUUCCAGAGCGGCCAUUCAAACUCGGGUACCUUGGUUAUUUCUGCAAUAUAUUCUCAGCCCUUUGGAUUCCGGUUCUGAUAGUUCUGGUGUGUAUGCCUCCAGCUCUACCAGUCACAGUUGGUUCUAUGAACUACACGGCGCCAGUCUUGGUUGGCAUUCUCCUCUUGAUACUUGGGGGUUGGUUUGUCUUUGGGCACCAAUUUGAAGGACCAAAGAUUGAUUGGGAGAUGCUGAAUAUGCGAAAUACAACGGAGUCUAGCAUCAAAAGCUCUGAAGAUAUUCAGUUCUAA